CGAUUUAUUGUAUUAAAUAAAAUGAAAUAAAAAUGCAUUGUUAUUAAAUCAGCGUAAUCUUUACCAUAAAACUAACAAAACAUUUUGUGUUAUAAUUAAACAUUUUGAAUUAAAUUCAAAUUAACAUUUUAUGGUUAGCCUGUAUGGCAUUUUUUAUGGUUUAAAUUAAAAAGUCAAAUAAGUACUAUACUAAAUAGUAUUAUAUAUUGGUCAUAUUGCUCAGUGCUGGUGGAGCUUGCUUUGGUGUGGGCAUAUUUAAAACAAAACACAUUAUAAAUAAAAAACAAUACUUUGUAAAAACCUUUUAUAUUUAUUGAUUUGCCAUCUUAAGUAUUUUUAAUAAAAUUAUUGCAUUUCUCAAAAUUAUAUCUUUGUUAUUAAAAUUCAUAGCAAAUAAAAUGAUUAUUUUAUCAGCAUAAAAUGAGUGGCUAGACACCAUCGAGUAAAUGAAAAACUGUAUUUAAACUAUUGUUACGAGGGCAAUGAAAAGCACUUACCUUUUGUCAAAACAUGUUUUUGUUUAUUUGAUAUAGUAGCCUAUUCAAUAAUAUGACAACAUUCCUACGGAAUAUAUAUUCAAGUUAUAUAUCGUAUGCGUCUUAAAAUCAAACUUGAUGGCAAAAUAAUAGUUUCGCGGUCCAGGGCAGGAAAAUAUUUUGUGGGGUCUUUCAUUAACAGUUUUCUGAUCGGUCAUGCGAUUGGAUUACAUGUUGUACAAUUAUCGUCGCUCUAGUUAAAUAAAGUCUGAUUUUGAUUUAGACACUACUGUUGCCUUUUUAUUUCAAGACUAGUUUACAGUUUCAGAGAUUUCCAUAUUUCAAUUUACAGUCGUCUUUUUUACGCGCUUCAAAAUCUUAGCAGUACACCACCAGACGGCAGUGUCCUCGAUUUAGGAACCCCUAUUUAAAAUCAUGUUGUUUACCUCUUAAAAUAAUGUGAUUUUAUAUUGUUUCACUCAAAGAAUAACUAAUUAUAAAGUUGUAAGUGUGAACUGUGUGUUGAUUAUCUUUGGCAAAAAAGAUGUAAUCGAAUGCGAAGUGAAAUGACGGUGGUUUGACGUUUUUGACAUCCUAUUUUAGAAAGUGCACUUAUGAGAAAUUCAUUUCGACUGAUUUUCCAUUUAACCGUUUUAUAAUCACAGACAUUCAGCAUGCAGUAAACUGUUUCAGCAUAGCUGACAAGUAGUUGGCUAUCCUGUACACACAAAGAUUUGGCAAGACGUCACAAGGGUAGCAUUGGAGCUAUUACAGUUAUUAUAAAGAAUUAGAUCGUAUCUUGUAAUGUCAUCUAAAUGGAUAAAAUCUGCCAUUUGUCCUCUUGUUCAUUUAUUGCAACCAUUGAAGAGGCUCAAACUGCUACCUCAGUAUUUACUCUAGUUUAGAGGGGGCGGUGUUGACCCUUCGUGCACCCCGCCUACUAGUUCUUUCCUCGUUGUCUACGUCACUCUAGCGAACUCCAUGCAAAUCGCUCCUCACUGGAACGCCAUUGGCCGCUCGCUCAUUUUAAUCGCUGUCAAAACGCAUCAUAUGGCCGCCGCUUUAACUAACUCUUCAACUCCACUAGGAAAAGUAACUCAAAUGCACGUUCAAUUAAUGUGGAUGUGAAACGGCAGUCGGACACGCCACUAACCAGGCUACAGGAGCAAAAAAGAGACCCCGAAACUAACAGCAAACGCUUGGGAAUAAGCUGAAUUCCACAUUUCACCGGAGCUCCACCGGCUUGUGAGGCACCUGCUUCGAGCGGACUACAGAGCGCCGAAAGUUCAUGCUUUUUCUCUGCUAGCUGAGAACUUUUAAGCCACUUGAAUGUAUAGCAUGAUGAUGGAAACGGACCUUCAUUCCCCGGGACCCCAAACCAACACGAAUCCGGGGCAAACGGGUCCAAACUCGGGGAGCAAAGCCAACCAAGACCGCGUAAAGAGACCCAUGAACGCUUUUAUGGUCUGGUCCCGGGGCCAGCGCCGGAAAAUGGCUCAGGAGAACCCCAAAAUGCACAACUCUGAAAUUAGCAAAAGACUCGGUGCUGAGUGGAAGGUGAUGUCAGAGGCUGAAAAGCGGCCCUUUAUUGACGAGGCGAAGCGGUUGCGAGCCAUGCACAUGAAGGAGCAUCCGGAUUACAAAUACAGACCGAGGCGCAAAACCAAGACCCUGCUUAAAAAGGACAAGUACUCGUUGGCUGGCGGCUUGCUCGGCGGUGCGGGUGGUGGGGUCGGGAUGAGUCCUGCAGGGGUCGGCCAGAGGUUGGAGAGUCCUGGGGGUCACGGAGGCUCGGCCGGCGCUGGCUACGCGCACAUGAACGGCUGGGCGAACGGCACCUACUCCGGCCAGGUGGCCGCGGCGGCGGCAGCGGCUGCGAUGAUGCAGGAGGCGCAGCUCGCUUACAGCCAGCACCCAGGCAGUGGCUCCCACCAUCACCACGCUCAUCACCAUCACCCGCACAACCCGCAGCCCAUGCACCGCUACGACAUGACUGCUCUUCAGUACAGCCCCAUCUCGAACUCCCAGAGCUACAUGAGCGCUUCUCCGUCCGGCUACGGUGGGAUUUCGUACACGCAGCAUCAAAACUCCAGCGUCGCAUCUUCUGCCGCCAUCGGUACGCUGAGCUCGCUCGUCAAGUCCGAACCCAAUAUAAGCCCUCCGGUUACCACGCACUCCCGAGGCCCCUGCCCCGGAGACUUGAGAGAGAUGAUUAGCAUGUAUUUACCGACCGGCGAGUCCGGGGAUCCGUCUGUGCAGAGCAGACUGCAUGCCUUACCGCAGCACUAUCAGAGCACAACUGCCGGAGUAAACGGAACUGUCCCCUUGACGCAUAUUUGAAACAGCUGAUGGAAAGUGAUGGGUAACGCGCAUUCAGAAACACUCCACCAAAAAUAUUUACCUCUUUUUUUAGAUUGUCAUUGAACUACUUUUGUACAGAAUGUUUUAUGAUGUUCUUGUAAAUUAAAAGGUAAAUAUUGUUUCGAUUGCAGUUCGAAGAGCAACUGAGAUCUUAUCAAAUGUAUCACUUUCAGUGAAACAUUGUUUCAAGAUGACGACUUUAAAAAUGAUUCUGACAGCGUUUCUUGCCACGCCAAGAAAUUUGCGACCUACUGUUAUUCUUUAAAUAUUUAAGUUUCUGUGCAAAUUGACUUUUGAGUUGAUAAUAACAAAAGUCUAGCGUGAAUAACUCAAUGAAAUGUUUUUUU